AUCAUCAAACUCAUUCAUUUGUUUUUAUCAUCUCUUCUCUUACAUAUACAAAAACAACAAACCAAAAAAAAAAAAAAAAAAGAGGCAAAACACAAAAGAUCUAAGAGAAGAAAAAUGGGAUUUUGUUUGUGUUUAUCCUCAGGAGGAUCAACAGAUCGAAAUCAGAUUUAUGAGAUAACUGAUUAUGGACAAGAAAAUGCAGUUUUAUACUCUGAUGUUCCUCAAGACUUUGGCUCUGUCUCUUCUUUAGCCGGAGGCAAGGGCUUGAACCAAGAUGCUGCCAUUCUCCACCUGGGAUAUGGAACACCGGAAGGAGCGUUAUGUGGAGUGUUUGAUGGGCAUGGACCGAGAGGUGAGUUCGUCAGCAAUAUCGUAAGGAACCAAUUGCCAUCUAUACUCUUAGGUCAUAUGAAUAAUCAUUCAGUGACUCGAGACUGGAAUCUCAUUUGCGAAACUACGUGUUUGGAGAUGGACAAAAGAAUUCUUAAACUUAAAAAGAAUCAUGAUUGCUCUUCUUCUGGAACUACUGCUGUUCUCGCCGUUAAACAUGGAAACCAAGUGAUGGUGGCAAAUCUUGGAGAUUCAAGGGCUGUGAUGAUUGGAACAAGUGAGAAUGGAGAAACCAAGGUGGUUCAGUUGACCAAUGACCUCAAGCCAAGUGUCCCAAGCGAAGCAGAGAGAAUAAGGAAACGAAACGGAAGGGUAUUGGCUUUAGAGUCCGAACCUCACCUUCUAAGAGUUUGGCUUCCAACCGAAAACCGACCAGGCCUAGCCAUGUCCCGGGCUUUUGGUGAUUUCCUCCUUAAAAGCUACGGUGUCAUUGCGAUUCCACAAGUCUCUACGCAUCAAAUCACUUCCAGCGACCAAUUUCUACUACUUGCUUCUGAUGGGGUGUGGGAUGUACUUAGUAACGAAGAAGUGGCAACGGUGGUGAUGAAGUCGGAAAGUGAGGCAGGAGCGGCAAACGCGGUGGCAGAGGCGGCGACUAAUGCGUGGAUCCAGAAAUAUCCAACGGUUAAGAUUGAUGAUAUAUCUGUCGUGUGUCUCCCUCUCAACAAGAGACAUAAUCCACAGCCACAAAUAUGAACAAAUCCACUUGCGCAAAUCAAAGAAUCGUGACACG